AAAAGGGAGGAAUGACAGAAAAAAUUGAAAAAGAACGGAAAAAACCGAACGAAAAUGGGGAAAAACGACCCAAAAUGGCGGCGAGGGGCGGGGGAGGGGCCGCGGUGGCAGCGGGGGAGGGGGAAGUGAGGAUGAGGAGGAAGAAGGUCAACAACUCUUCCAUGAUGAGGAUGAUGAAGGUCAAGGAAUCUUCCAUGAUGAUGAUGAAGGUCAACAACUCUUCCAUGAUGAGGAUGACGAAGGUCAACAGCUCUUGGAGACUCUUCCAUGAGGAUGAUGAAGGUCAAGAACUCUUCCAUGAUGAUGAUGAUGAAGGUCAAGAUCAACUCUCCAUACUUGAUGAAGGCCAACGACUCUUCCAUGAUGAUGAUGAAGGUCAAGGGAUCUUCCAAGAGGAUGAUGAAGGUCAAGAACUCUUCCAUCAUGAUGAUGAUGAUGAAGGUCAUGGUCAACUGCCCAAACUUGAUGAAGGUCAACAACUCCUCCAUGAUGAUGAAGGUCAGGAGCUCUUGGAGGCUCUUCCAUGAUGAUGAUGAAGGUCAAGAACUCUUCCAUGAUGACGAUGAUGAAGGUCAAGGCCAACUGCCCAGCCCCAAUGAAGACCAAGGGCUCUUCCAUGCUGAGGAUGAUGAAGGACUCCCCCAAGACCAUGAUGAAGGUUCUGCAAGGAGGAGGAGGAUGAAGGCCAAGAAACCUUGGAGGAUGAUGAAGGUUGGGGAGCCUUCAACAAUGAUGAAUGCUGGAGACUCUUCAAGGAUUAUCAAGAUUGGAGACUCUUCAAUGAUCAAGACUGGAGACUCUUCAAUGAUGAAGGUUGGAGACUCUUCAAGGAUGAUGAAGACUGGAGAUGCCUUGACAAUGAUGAACUUUGGGGAUCCUUCAACUGUGAUGGAGUUGGAAGCUCUGACCUCGAUCAAGACUGGAGAAUCUUCAACGAUGGUGAAGGUUGGAGACUCAAGGAUGGUCAAGACUGGAGACUCUUCAAGGAUGAUGAAGGUUGGGGACUCAAACAAUGACGAAGGUUGGAGACUCUUCAUGGAUGAAGAUGACCAAAGUUGGGAGGCCUGA